AUUAACGCGUCUAAGCCUGCACAUCAGCCCCGAAACGCAUUACCUGAUAACUAAACUUUCCAACAAAGGACCUAUUACAAAGAAUCUACUUAAGGCAUAAGUUAGGUACCUACCUUCCUAUUAAAGGAAACACCUCCAGUCAGCCUUGGGCUAAGUCACCUUAGUUAUGUGACAAAUAACUAGGAAGAUUUAAACUAUGGAUUCGGAUGAAUUUGAUGACGAUAUUGCCGACGAAGAUCUGAUCAUCGCUGCUACUCAGGUACCGGCUUCAAGUCAUAAUCAACCUGCCAAGUUCAAUCAAGGCCGAUUCCAACCUCACGUCCAACGGCCACCAGCUUCAGGGAAUAAUAGCAAUGCCAACUCAGUUCACACAAGUUCACUGCAACGCCUAAAUUCCAACGGGCAAUCUUUUAUUGACCUCGACGACCUGCCUUCAGAUGCAUUCUCAAGUCCGCUGGGAAAUCCACAGUCUUCUUCUCAGAGGGCAGCAGUAGGCUUUCUGCAACCGCAGCGUAUUGGUGACCCAGUUCCUACAUAUCGACAGACCACUUUAUUUGGUCAAACCAUCCAACGAGAUCCAGGCCCCGGAUCUUCCCAGUCUAACAGGAAUCGAGCAUUCCGUGUAGAUUUACCCCCUGAGCCGCCAACUCAUCAUGAACUAGACUUGGAAGCCCUGAAAACCUGGGUUUAUCCUACAAAUCUGGGACCCACCCGAGACUAUCAGUUCAGUAUUGUUAAGAAUGGCUUGUUCAAUAACACUCUUGUCGCCCUUCCCACGGGAUUGGGCAAAACCUUUAUUGCAGCUACCAUCAUGUUGAACUACUUUCGCUGGAUGAAGAAAGCGAAGAUCGUAUUUGUCGCCCCUACCAAGCCGCUUGUAUCUCAGCAGAUCGACGCCUGUUUCCAUAUUGCCGGCAUUCCGAGAUCGCAGACAACCUUGCUCACGGGAGAAAUAUCGCCAGGCCUCCGAGCAGAAGAGUGGGAGUCUAGAAGAGUUUUUUUCAUGACUCCGCAAACAUUGGAGAAUGAUCUGUCUUCAGGGUUUGCAGACCCCAAAUCAAUCGGUCUCCUGGUAGUAGAUGAAGCCCAUAGGGCUACGGGGAAUUACUCCUACGUAAAAGUUGUCAACUUUUUAAGACGAUUUACUAGCAGCUUUCGCAUCCUGGCCCUGACGGCAACUCCUGGAUCCAAGGUCGAGUCGGUACAGGAUGUCAUCGACAGCCUCGGCAUUUCACACGUGGAGAUUCGCACUGAGGAGUCCAUUGAUAUCCGCCCAUAUGUUCACCAGAGAGAUGAAGAUAUUGUUUUGCUAGAUCCAUCAGACGAGAUGAUUUUAAUCAGAGACCUAUUCUCAAAAGCCCUGAAGCCGCUCGUGGACAAACUAAGUCAGCAGAAUAUUUACUAUGGUCGUGAUCCGAUGAAUCUCACCGUAUACGGACUCCUCCAAGCCAGAAAAGAGUGGAUGGCUCGUGCUGGGCAGCAUGUCAACCAAGGGGUAAAAUUUAUGACGCUGGCGAUCUUCGCUGUUUUAACGAGUCUGGCCCACGGUAUCAAACUACUAAAUUUUCACGGCAUCAAUCCAUUUUAUGACAGCCUGGUCCAAUUUAGAGAUGAAACAGAAGGAAAGGGUGAGAAGGGUUCUAAAUAUAAGAAACAGCUUAUCGAAUCUCCCAGUUUUCAGGAAAUGAUGGAUAAAAUCGCCAGCUGGUCGAAGAAGGACGGUUUCGUCAGCCACCCAAAACUGACAUAUCUGUCCGACACAGUCUUAAACCACUUUAUGGAUGCGGGCGAGGGCCGAGAAGGCGGUUCUACGAAUACGAGAAUCAUAGUCUUUAGUGAAUAUCGCGACAGCGCCGAGGAAAUCGUACGGGUUCUUAAUAUUCACAAGCCACUUAUUCGUGCCGCAGUAUUCGUUGGACAAGCAGACUCCAAACGAUCGGGAGGUAUGAAACAGUCCGAGCAGAUUGAACGAAUACGGAAAUUCAAAGAGGGCGAAUUCAAUGUCCUUGUCGCCACCUCGAUCGGUGAGGAAGGACUCGAUAUCGGCCAAGUGGAUCUGAUUGUAUGCUACGAUGCAUCCGCCUCGCCGAUUCGGAUGCUUCAGAGAAUGGGGCGAACUGGAAGAAAACGUGCCGGACGUGUUGUUUUACUACUAAUGCGAGGCAAAGAGGAAGAUAACUACGCAAAAUCGAAGGACGGCUACGAAAAGAUGCAGGUCAUGAUAUGCGACGGAAGCCGCUUCAACUUCCGUCAUGAUCUCUCAGCCAGAAUCAUUCCGAAAGACAUCCGACCAGAAGUCGACAUGAGGGCUGUGGAGAUUCCCGUUGAGAACACACAAGUCGAAGGCCUUCCCGAGCCCAAGAAAGGAAAGGCAAAGAAGAAAAAGCCACCAAAGAAAUUCCAUAUGCCUGACGGAGUCGAGACUGGCUUCAAGAGUGUUGCUGCAUUAUUGGGAAAGCAGCCAGAACCCAAAAAGCCAAAAGAAGUCCCUCUACCUGUCGAAGAGGACGUGAUUGCCGAUAUACCAGCUCUGGAUCGGAUUCUACUCAACAAGAGCCAGACCGAAGAGUUACGUAAGAAAUACAAGAGCUUCUCAUACCACCGAGAGCCGAUGGAGGACAUCGAGCAGGUGGAUUUAAGCGCGAAUCCUGCGGCGCAAAGGACACUACGGAAGACAGUACAUGUGAAGCAUGGGGCGUACACGAAGCGUUGUGUUAAAUUGUUCGAGAAAUUAGCAAAAUUGCAAUCCCCUUCAGACCGCUUCAAUAAGCCGUACAAUGAAGCAGAUGCGCGUCGUUACCGUCAACUUCCGCUUCCAAGCUAUGGGCCUGAUUCAGACCGCGACACGACAGACGAGCCGGCACGUAAAAAGAGAAAGAUGACACCGCCAACCCUAGAGGAAGAUUCCGAAAUUGAGGAGCUGUCAACGGCUCCGUCUCGCCCGCCGCGAUCUAAGAAGGCCUCCGCGCCGGCGAAAAAGAAGAAAGCCCCGGCUCGAGCACAUUCCCCACAGGAAGCCAACGACAGCGAAGAAAUAGAACAACUUCCACCGCCCCCGAAGAGACGUACUACUAACCCAAAAGCAAAAGCAAAAGCAAAAGCGUCUGCUCCACGACAACCACGUGGCCGGCCUAAGAAGAAUUCAAAGGUUGCAGCAGUUUACGACGAGAGCGCCGACGAAGGCGACGACUGCCGGCGCACCAGCGACCUGGAUCUGACAGACGACUCGGACAACGGGUCCGACCUGGCGGGCUUCGUCGUCGCGGACGAGAUGGCAACGUCAAGCGCAAUUCCAACGUCUUCCCUACCACGCCGAGGCCGGCGAUCGACAUCGCCCACGUCGCCGUCUACACCAUCUACUAUCGGCGGCCGCGCCGCGAAACAACAGCGACAGCAACAGAAGGAGUCGGUGUACUACGAGCCGACGCGCUUCGACCCUACGCAAGAUAGCGCCGACGAAGAUGACGGGAUGCCAUCUCUGAGCCAGCUCGUGGGACAGAAGAAACGGGCUUCGGAGAAAUCUGCUGCUCGCAGGGGUUCGGGGAGCGAGGACGAGGAUGAUGAUAUCCCCGUUCGGAAGCGCGCGCGUGCUGCUGGAAAGGAGGCGAAGAAGAAUGAGAGGAGAGCUGGGCCAUUUAUUCUUGACGACGACGACGAUGACGAUGACGAUGACGAUGACGAUUAUUAUUAGGGAAAACUACGGGUUAUUAAUGAAUAAACGCUACACAUACAUGCGUCUUUAUCUCUCUGCGCGUUCUUAUAUUCUUUUUCUUCCUCUUCUUGUCCUAUCUUGUUUCGCCUGUUGUAGUAUGUAGGAAAGACACGAUUAUCCUGUUGACCCGUACGUUGUUGAUUUACUAUCUGUACUUGCAUACCUUCUAUUACUUAGGUCCUUAUAGUUAGUAUCCUUCUUGUCGUACACCUAGCACAACUAAUGAUACAUGCUGAAGCUUGAACGAAUAUCAAGCCCCUUUUAGCAAGCAAGUACAGUAAAAACCGUAUAACUUGACCUACCAUAUCCCACCCACGUACGCCGUGAU